AUGAGCCGCGUGGUGCUCGCCGUGUUCGCCCUCCUUCUCUCCAUCCAUGGCUGCGUCGCCGAUGAGCAGACAACGACCAUGGAGGACCAUGGUGGAUCCACCACGAUGGCCGACGAGCGCCGCCUGACGGACACCACCAUGGGCGACGACACGACGAGCGCCGCAGCUCGCAGUGGCGCCCUUGGCACCAUGCUCCUGGCGCUCCUCGCUUUCCUGUUCGUGGGCAACGCGGCUGGGGCGGCAGUGGACGAGUCCACCACCAUGGCCGACGAGCGCCGCCUGACGGACACCACCAUGGGCGACGACACGACGAGCCCCGCGGCCCCCCGCGCGGCGUUCCGGACGGCGCCGCUGUUCGCCCUUGCUGCGGCGCUCGGUCUUGCAGCCCAUCGCUAA